UCAUACGUUUAUACCUUACGUCAAAAUUCAUUUGACCAGAUGAACAAUCCAAACAACACUGCUACUUCAACAAAUAACAGAAAAAGACAUAGAAAAAAUGAUGUUAACAGUGGUAUAUCUAAUGGUGGUGGUUCACAGAGAAGGCUAUGGGUGAAGGAUCGUUCCGGGGCAUGGUGGGAUGAAUGUAAUAAAGAAGAUUUUCCUGAAGAUGAGUUUAAGAAAGCUUUUAGAAUGGGAAAAUCAACUUUUGAUUUUAUUUGUGAAAAAUUGAAUUCAGCAAUUGUGAAAGAAGAUACAACUUUGAGAACUGCAAUUCCAGUGAGACAAAGAGUAGCUGUUUGUCUAUGGAGAUUAGCAACAGGUGAUCCUCUUAGCAUUGUUUCAAAAAGGUUUGGUUUAGGUAUAUCAACUUGUCAUAAACUUGUUCUUGAAGUUUGCACUGCUAUUAAAACUGUUCUUAUGCCUAAGUAUCUUCAAUGGCCUAAUGAAACUUCUUUGAGAAAAAUUAAGAAUGAGUUUGAGGGUAUGUCAGGUAUUCCAAAUGUUGUAGGGUCCAUGUAUACAUCACAUGUUCCAAUCAUAGCUCCUAAGAUUAGUGUUGCUGAUUAUUUUAACAGAAGACAUACUGAGAGGAAUCAAAAGACUUCAUAUUCAAUAACUGUUCAAGGUGUUGUUGAUACAAAUGGUGUUUUCACUGAUGUUUGUAUUGGUUGGCCUGGUUCAAUGCCUGAUGAUCAAGUGUUAGAAAAAUCAGCACUUUUUCAAAGGGCUAAUAAUGGAGGACUUCUCAGAGGUGUUUGGAUUGUUGGUAGUUCAGGGUAUCCUUUAAUGGAUUGGGUUUUAGUACCUUAUACUCAACAAAAUCUUACUUGGACACAACAUGGUUUCAAUGAAAAGAUUGGUGAGAUACAAAAAGUUGCUAAAGAUGCAUUUGCUAGAUUGAAAGGUAGGUGGUCUUGUUUGCAGAAAAGGACUGAAGUGAAGCUUCAAGAUUUGCCUGUUGAACUUUGUGCUUGUUGUGUUUUGCAUAACAUUUGUGAGAUGAAAGGUGAGAAAAUGGAUCCUGAACUUAUGGUUGAUAUUGUUGAUGAUGAAAUGGUUCCUGAAGUUAGUUUGAGAUCAGUUAAUUCAUUGAAGGCUAGAGAUGCUAUUGCUCAUAAUCUUUUGCGUCAUGGUUUAGCAGGCACUUCUUUUCUUUAAACUUAUAAGAUUAAGAACUUUGUGUUAUUUGUUGUAUUUUGAUC